AGGUGAGCUUUCACUGCUUCUUUGUAAGGAGGUAAGUUAAAUCAAGUCUCUUCAGGCUUUGUCAGCAGCUUGGACUUUUGAUGGUAUAUUCGGAACUUGUAUUGUAAAGAAUUACAGAUCAGAAUACAAAUGAUCUGUAUGAGGACCUGUAGGUAAAUGCAUUGUAACAGGCACAAUUGUGUGGGUGGUAUUCAAUGCUAGUCCUACUCAGGAAUAGACCCAUUGUAGUCAAUGGGCAUGACUAACUUAGGUUUGUUAACAUAAACGAGUCUACUUUGAGUAGGAUUUAGCUGAAUACAACCCUCAAUAUUUUAUGACAAAAAUAUGUGUAGAUUUAUCUCGAUGCACACAUUUCUAAACAGAUGUUAUCAUAAAAUAUGCAUUUUGCUUCAUUUAUUGAGCAAAAUACAAAUCGUGUAUGUAUGUAUGAAUGUAACCAACAUAGUUUGUACAUCACUUAAUCAUAAAACCCCCUCUAAGUAGUUAAAAUUAUUGAAACUAGAGUUAAAACAAGCUAAGCUUUCUCUCGAUGUAAAAUAAGCAGUUAAAUACAGUGCUGCCUCGCAAGACGAAAUUAAUUCGUUCCGCGAGUUUUGUCGUCUUGCAAUUCUUUUCGUCUUGCGAAGCACGGUGUCGGGAAAGUUUUGGAAAAGCUUCACAAAUCACCAAAGUCAUUAAAAACCUCAAAAAAGGCUACCACACCGCGUUCUAUGAGUUGCUCCUCGAAGUCAAGUCGCAACUGUAUUAACGGUGUUAAGAUAAAGGAAACAAACUUGCAAGACGUUUCCGUCUUGCGAAGCAAGCCCAUAGGGAAAAUCGUCUUGCGAAGCAGCUCAAAAAACAAAAAACCCUUUUGUCUAGCGAGUUUUUUGUCUUGCGAGGCAUUCGUCUUGCGAGGUACCACUGUAAAUGUACAUAUUGAAAUAAAUGUCAAUGUGAUACAUAUUAGGCUGGAGUAUAUUAAUUUGGACAGUUCAUUUAAAAAUAUGGAUCAAAACAAAUUAAUGUCCCUUUCCAAGAAACAAUGAGCAACUGCUAUUGCUGUUUUUCCUUUUGUUCCCCCUGUGAACAAUGCCAUGGCCUUUGGCUAGUGCAAUAAAUAUAAUAUAAAAUAUAUAUAUAAUAGAGUUUAGAAAAUUGUUUGAGAUUGCAAUCCUCUUCCGAUUUAUUUGGGUGUAGGGCUCACUGCACACAUUGGAAAUUUUAUCCAGUGUAGAUAAUGAGAGAAUUGCUCUAAGUCAACACUGGUCUGCUUACAUUGGCAAACUUCUAAAAAGAAAUUUCCAUUGUUUUGAUGGAAAGGUUGUGCCUCUUCAGAUGUAACUUUAAUAUACUAAACACACACCCACCCAAACAUCAUAUGCAUGCAUACAAACAUGCAAUUUCCAUGGAGUUCAACGGAACUUGCUCUUAAGUGUUUGGCAUGACAGGUGUGAAUUGUUUGGAUCUGUACUAGUUUGUGAUUUACAUGUCUUGGAGCCAUAUUCAAUUAACUCAACACGCUAGCAGAAGCCAAAUUCCUGCUAGAGCUAUGGGUCUUCCCCACCACUCCUCACCCCUUCUUGGGAGGGUUGGGAGAACCUCCAGAACAGCACAUGGAGCUAGGAGAAGGGAGAUUAUUCAGUUGGGGAAGCAGAAAAGCGAUGUGUUGAAUACAACUCUUGGUACCCUUUCUCUCUUUCAGUGACUUCGAGAUAUCGGGCAACUUUUGCCAUGGAAAAAGCUCAUGGAUUUCUUUUUGUUCUUCUCUGCUUGGGAACCCUGAGAGAGUCAAGUAAGAUCUGUUUAAAGAUGACGGCAGAAUGAUGUGGGAGAAAACUCCCUUGGGAAGUUUAGUAUGGAGGCUCAAACAAAUUCCCAGUUAGUCAGACUGCUAAUUCAGUCAUGCAUUCAAAGACAGAUUCCAAGAGAGUCUGUGAGAUGAGAGGAUAUCCAUUAUGACACACACUAUGGGGGGGGGAUGUCAUCGGGACCAUUUCAUCAUAUAGCCAAGCAUUUCUGCUACUUUCUGUCACCCUAGCAGCUCACUGUCUCUUCCUCCAAGCAAAGACCUUAGAAACAGUUAUUCAACACAUGCUUUCUUUUGCUGUGCGCAGAGGCCUCCUUGCAUCUUAUAUGGAGCUAUUCUUCUUUCCAGCACACAGUGUUGGGCUCCUCCUAAAACUUGUUCUUACUAGUUUUGUUGUCUUGUGGUGGCCUUAGGAUUUUGAGACUAUCUAACUGCGCCUUAGCUGUUUGUUUUUCCUUCAUGCCCCACCUGUUGCCUUAAUAAGACAGUGGUACCUCGGGUUACAGAUGCUUCAGGUUACAGACGCUUCAGGUUACAGACUCCACUAAUGCAGAAAUAUGACCUUGAGUUAAGAACUUUACUUCAGGAUGAGAACAGAAAUCGUGCGCUGGUGGUGCGGCGGCAGCAGGACACCCCAUUAGCUAAAGUGGUACCUCAGGUUAAGAACAGUUUCAGGUUAAGAACGGACCUCCGGAAUGAAUUAAAUUCGUAACCAGAGUACCACUGUAAUAAUAAUAAAUGUUUAUUUGUAUUCCACCCUCCCCGGUCGAGUGGCUAACAUCAUAAAAACAACACAAUAUACAUAAAAACAGACACCAAUUAAUUAAAAUACAUCUUAAAAUUAAUUCAGACAAGUUAAAAUCUGGGCAGGUGGCAAUUAUCAGGUUGGAACUGAGAGUGGUUAAUACUUGCCGGGAGCAAUUGUUUCCACUGAUCAUACAAGGACCUGUGAGUGGGUUGGGGGUCUCCUUCGGGCUUGUUUUAUACAAUGGAAAGUAAGUCAAAAUGCAUCCUGCCCAAAGGCCUGGGGGAACAGCUCCAACUUGCAGGCCCUGCAGAAAGAUGUCAUAUCCCACAGGGUCCUGGUCUCUUGUGGGAGAGUGUUCCACCAGGCUGGGGCCACGGCCCAAAAGGCCCUGGCUCUAGUCGAGGCCAGUCUAAUUUCCCUGGGGCCCUGGAUCUUCAAGGUGGUGUUGUUAGCAGAACAUAAGGUCCUCUGUGGGGCUUACCAGAAGAGGUGGUCCCACAGGUACGAGGGUCCUAGGCCAUAUAGGGCUUUAAAGGUUAAAACCAGCACCUUAAACCUGAUUCUGUACUGCACCAGGAGCCAGGGCAGCUGGUAUAGCACUGGGUGAAUGUGGUCCUGUGGUGGGGAUCCCGUAAGGAGUCUCGCUGCAGCAUUCUGCAGCUGCUGGAGUUUCUGGGUCAGUUUCAAGGGCAGCCCCACGUAGAGUGAGCCUUGCAACAAUCAACUAUCUGCCACUGCUGAAAACAGAAUGCUGAACCAGACUUCGUCUGAUCCAUGCUCUUAUGAACUACCAUUCACAUAUUUAAAGAGUCUGCCACAUGACACCUGCCUCCCCUGAAAAAAAAAAUCAUGCAAGUUAGGUCUCAUUCACAGCAUAUAUUGAAAGAAACAUGAUACUGCUUUAAAAUCAUGACUUCCCCCAAAGAAUUCUGGGAGCUGCAUUACGUCAAAUGAGUGGAGAGUUGCUAGGAGAUCCCCUAUUCCCCUCACAGAGCUACCAUUGCAGUACAUCCUUAGCGAAGCCCCAAGAAACCGUAACUGAUGAAAAAGUUUAUUUUUAUUCAAAUAUGACAACACAGAGGAUUUGCAAACAACCAAUAUUGACAUAAUUAGCAAAAUCAAAAUAUAGCCUAUGCAGAGAAGUUCUUUAAGGUGAGAUUGGGUCCCUCCCUACUUCUUUGCACGUUUACAGGUUCCACUUGUGGUCCUGCAAGAAAAGAUCCAAACAAGUUCUUCCUCAUUGGUAUGGGAACUUCGAGUAUGUGAAAUUGAUAAGCACACUGUGGCCACACUAGGUUGGCAUUCACCCCAGUGUGCUUGCCAAGUCUAUAGGAGUACAUAGGAGUACAAAAAAGAAAAAAAAGAAAUUGAUUUCAGGAUUCAUUUUUCUUGGGAGGUGUCAUCUUCUGUACAUCAUGCUGGAUACCCCUCACCUUGAAACGGUCCCACAGAAUCCACUUAGGACCUAAAACCCAGACAGUGUUGGAUGACAAAGAGUGCCCUAAAUCCAGUAAUGCCACAGGUAUAUAUACUAGAAGGGACGUGGGUGGCGCUGUGGUCUAAACUAAGCCUAGGGCUUGCCGAUCAGAAGGUCAGCGAUUCGAAUCCCUUUGACGGGGUGAGCUCCCGUUGCUCGGUUCCUGCUCCUGUCCAUCUAGCAGUUCGAAAGCACAUCAAGGUGCAAGUAAAUAGGUACUGCUCUGGCGGGAAGGUAAACGGUGUUUCCAUGCGCUGCUCUGGUUUCACCAGAUGCGGCUUAGUCAUGCUGACCACAUGACCUGGAAAAACUGUCAGCGGACAAACGUUGGCUCCCUCAGACAGUAAUGUGAGAUGAGCGUGCAACCCCAGAGUCGUCUGCGACUGGACCUAAUGGUGAGGGGUACCUUUACCUUUAUAUAUACUAGAGCGGUUCAUAAAAAACUUUUUUUUGGAAAAUGCCUUCUCCAAAGGUCUUAUCUUACCACACUAGGGAUUAUAUAGCUAUAUCUGAAAUUUCAUGCAUAUCAGUUAAUAUCUUGACCCUGCUCCACUGAAUUGAAAUUUCAGCCUUCACAACAUAGGAAUACGGCCAAAUAAACAGCUAUUUUCAUGCAUAUCAGUUAAUAUCUUGACCCUCCUCCAUGAAAAUAGCUGUUUAUUUGGCCGUUUUCCUAUGUCGUGAAGGCUGAAAUUUCAGUUCAGUGGAGCAGGGUCAAGAUAUUAACUGAUAUGCAUGAAAUUUCAGAUAUAGCUAUAUAAUCCCUAGUUUAGUAAGAUAAGACCUUUGGAGCAGGCAUUUUCAAAACGGUUUUUAUGAACUGCCCUAAUAUACACCCCACUUGACUUUCCUGCCAAUACUGAAAGCCAAACAAACAAAUUAAAAACACCACUUCAAAAAUUGGACUCCCAGCAGUAGGGAGUAGGUGAAAAAGAGGAGGGGCUUCCUAGGGCUCCCCCCACCAAAUCCUACUCAUCCCCCAAACAUGCAAGUAGCAAAGUCCAUGCCACAAAGGGAGGGAAGGAAUCACAAAGAGAAGAGUAAAGUGUUUGGGGCGGAGCCAUCUUAUAAAGCCUGGCUUCUUCCCCAUCCUGAUUAGCCUGUCAUCUCACCUGACCCUUCCCCAACUCCUCCGCAGGGCUAAACCAUUUUGAGUCUUCUUCCCAGGGGAGUUGAGAUGUGGCAAAUCCACUUGCGCUCAAGGGUGGGAGUGGCACUCCCAGAAUGGCUUAACAGUCAGUUCCUCUUUCCAAGAAACUCUGGUAAUGGUAGCUCGGGGGGGGGGGGUAGGUGUGUAGGUGGCCCACAAUUGAAAUCCUCCCCCCCCCAUUAAUUUUUAUUGAUUCUCAAAAAAAAAUUACAAAUUAAUGCCCAGUUAAUUCAAAUUUAACAUAAAAUCCUGUUGUUGUUUAGUUGUUUAGUCGUGCCCAUGACCCCAUGGACCAGAGCAUGCCAGGCACUCCUGUCUUCCACUGCCUCCCACAGUUUGGGCAAACUCAUGCUGGUAGCUUCGAGAACACUGUCCCACCAUCUUGUCCUCUGCCGUCCGCUUCUCCUUGUGCCCCCCAUCUUUCCCAACAUCAGGGUCUUUUCCAGGGAGUUUUCUCUUCUCAUGAGGUGGCCAAAGUAUUGGAGCCUCAGCUUCAUGUUCUGUCCUUCCAGUGAGCACUCAGGGCUGAUUUCCUUAAGAAUGGAGAGGUUUGAUCUUCUUGCAGUCCAUGGGACUCUCAAGAGUCUCCUCCAGCACCAUAAUUCAAAAUCAUCAAUUCUUCAGCGAACAGCCUUCUUUAUGGUCCAGCUCUCACUUCCAUACAUCACUACUGGGAAAACCAUAGCUUUAACUAUACAGGCCUUUGUUGGCAAGGUGAUGUCUCUGCUUUUUAAGAUGCUGUCUAGGUUUGCCAUUGCUUUUCUCCCAAGAAGCAGACGUCUUUUAAUUUUGUGACUGCUGUCACCAUGUGCAGUGAAUAAAAUCCUAUGCAGGUGUAUUCAACAGUAAGCCCCACCAAGUUCUCUUAUAAAGAGAUGGGAAUCUGACAUUGCUCUAAACACUGGCAGAGGAAUAGGGCUGCAGAGGGAGCGGACCACCCCCGGCACCACUAUUCAGGUAGGGUGCCAUCGCGGUGGCCCCUCUGGACACGCGCCAUGCACACGUACGCACGCUGGGCACCACACACCCACAGGUGGCGCACCACACCCCCAGAACACACUCCAGGCCCCCCGGGGUGCAUGCCAUUCCCCCGCCUGCUCUCCGCCCCCAGUAGCGGAGCAUGCAGCUUCGUCACUGGCUCUACAAAAGAAAAGAAGAAAGGUGCUCAGUUCCCUCACCUCCCCCGCCCCUGGUAAGCAGGGAGAAUUUUAAUAGGCAACUUUCAAUCCGCCCUAAAUAAAAACAAGGAGUAUCUAAACUAUAAGCCUUAUGUUUAUAUUUAAUGCAGACCUCCAGUUCAGAAACAAGUCUUAGAAAAUUCACUAGCUUUUUUGAGGUAUUAUUUGCUCCUCUCAGAUUUUCUCAAAUGUCCAACCUGUUUGGGAAACUCAGCAUUUGUUUGGAGGCUUUGCUUUAAAAAAGGUAAAAAAUAAAAAAUAAAAUAAACAGUAGCCGUUGUAGGAGAUUCAAGAGGAAUUGAAUGAGAAAGUGUCCAGUUAUUUGAUUCUGGUAUAUUAUGUUUCUUGAACAGGUUUCGUGUACGGUUAUGUAAAGCCUACACACAUCGAUCACCAAGAAUGUUUAAAAAAGGGUGGCCGAUGCUUAGGAAGAACUAGCUGUGAAGAACAGUUUGUUUUCUAUGGACACUGUCAGAAUGGAAGCAGAGGCAUAUGCUGUAAAAGGUAAAUCCAUAAUAUUGCAGGUUACGUGGCAGAGUGGAGAGUAUUAUGGAGGUGAAAUCAAAAAUUUGUUGUUGUUUAGUCAUUUAGUCAUGUCUGACUCUUCGUUCAGCAGCCACCUGCUCAACCACCUGACCCAAGAAUGGAAGAUUUGAGACUGGGCGAUAGUUGGCGAAAUCUAAAGAUGGUUUUUUAAGAAGCGGUUUAAUGACCCUCACAGAGGGAAGCAUUCACCACCCUGCAGAGCCCAUCGCCCAGCCCUUCUUGGUUCACUUUUAUGAGCCAGGAUGGGCAAGGAUCAAGGAGACAGGUGGUCAGUUUCAUUCAUCCAAGCAGGCUGUCCAUAUCCUCGGAGGUUAACAGAUUGGAAUUGAUUCCACGCACCUUGACUAGACAGGGCUCUUGCACUCUCCCGCCCUGCCCCUGCUCCCAUGGUGGAGUCUACCUCUUUCUGAAUCUGAGUGACUUUAUCUGCAAAAAAGACUUUGCAAAAUCGUUGCAAGAGAUCCUGGGGCCCUUACCAGGCCCCGAUAGCACUGGUGGUUCUGUUAAAUUGCAAACCACCUGAAAGAGUCUCCUGCUGCUGUUUUCUGCAGAUGGAAUAGAGGUGGUGAAGAAGGUCCUCUUCGCUAUUGCUACCACCACUUGGUAGGCUCGACAUUGAGCAUUAACUCAUGUCCAGUCAGAUUCAGAAUGAGUUUUUCACCACUGGCACUCUAGCCAUCUCAGUGUUUGUUUCAUUGCCCUCAGCUCCAGGGGAAACCAAAGUGCUAUCUGGGCUCCAAGGAAUCAAAGAGGGCACAUCAGAGCCAGAUGGUCAAUAGCCCUGGUUAACUCUGGAGUCUGUAGACCAAAGCUUAUUGAGAGAGUUCAGCAUGUUUAGGCUGGAGAAGAGGAGAAUGAGAGUAGAUAGCCAUCUUCAAAUAUCUUAGGGGCUUUUACAUGGAAGAUGGAGCAAGCUUGCUUUUUCCUGCUCCAGAGGGUAGGACCUGAUCCAAUGGAUUAAACUUACAAGAAAGGAGAUUCCAACUCAACAUCUGGAAGAACCUUAUGAUGAUAAGAGCUGUUCAACAGUGGAAUGGACUCCCUCAGAAGGUGGUGGACUCUCCUUCACUGGAGGUCUUUUGAAGCAGAGGUUGGAUGGCCAUCUCCCUUCAUUGCAGGGGGUUGGACUAGAUGACCCUUGAAGUACCUUCUAACUCAACAAUUCUAUGAUUCUGUGACUAGCUGUGAGAUCAUAUACAGUGGAUGCUCGGGUUGUGAAUGUGAUCAGUGCAGGAUGCAUGUUCGCAACCUGCAGCAUUCGCAACCUGUGUCUGUGCACGCGCGGGUUGCAAUUUGACGCGCAUGCGCAAAGCGUGAUUUAGCGCUUCUGCGCAUGCGCGACUGCCGAAACCCGGAAAUAACCCAUUCCGGUACUUUCGGGUUUCGGCGGUCCGCAACCCGAAAAAACACAACCUGAAGCGGCUGUAACCCGAGGUAUGACUGUAUAUCUGGCCUUUACCUGUAUAUUGGGGCAUCCUCCCCCCUCCCCCCAAAAGCUCCACAACUUUGGCUCAUCCCCCCCCCCAAAAAAGCUCAACAACUUUGAUGAAGCUUUCCCCCCAAAAAAGCACAGCAACUCUGGUCAAUCCAAAGGGUAGAUCACGGCCAGUUGUUUUUUUUUAAUAAUGGGAGUAGAUUGCAGUCUCUUGGAAGUUGGUCGUACCUGAUAUAUAUGUUUUAAAUAGGUUUUGGAUAUAUUCAAUCAUUUUUCUUGUGUUGUGUCUGUAGCCCUGGGUCCCUCUGAGCGGAAGAACUAUCAAUAAUUUAUCAAAUAAAUAAAUACUACCACCUUUUCACUUAAUGUUUUUUUCUUCCUCUGCAGAGACCCAGAAGAGUACUGCAAAUGGCGGGGAGGUGCAUGCACUAAAAAUAAAUGUCCUCCAGAUAGUUCUUCCCUUCACAAGUGCACUAAAAGGGUUUUCUGCUGCAGAAAGUGAGUUGCAAAGCUUGACAGAUAAAAUGCAAAAAGGAAAGAAGAAAAAAAUUGUCCAGAUGACUGCAUAUCUUUAGUGGGGUAUCUUUAGCAAAGGGUAAAUUGCAUAGCAGGAGGGGGUUGUAGGAGAUACACUGUAAAUGGUUGGCUGAGGAAAUAGGUUCAGCUGCAAUCUCUUAAACCAAUAUCCUUGAAAUGCUGUUGACCUGGUCUCAAUGGUUGGGUUAUCUCUUUAUUUGCAUGAGCAGCGAGUGAUAAGAAAAACCUGCAGGAUGAGGCCAAUGGCUCUCCUGGCCCAGCAUCCUGUUCCCACAGUGGCCAGGCAGAUACCUAUGGCGCAGAACAUCAGCGCAACAGCACUCUGAACAUUUGCUAUUCCCAGCAGCUGGCAUUCAGAGGCAUACUGCCUAUGAAGUGGAAGCAGAACAUAACCAUUGUGGCUAGUAGCCUUUUAUCGCUUUAUUCUCCAUUCAUUUUCUAAGCCUCAUUUAAAGCUAUUCAAGCUGGUGGUCGUCACUGCCUCUUGUGUAAAUCAGACCGUUGCUGGGAUUGAAUGCCACAGAGGACCAUCAGAGCUCAAGUGCCAGACCAGUGAGAUUCAGCUAAAAGACGGGAGCAGAUGUAUGGAGACCACCAAGCCCUUUAUCAAGGGCUAUAUUAAAGCCAGGGGGGCGCUUUCCCCCCAGCUGUGUGUGUGGCAAGAGGCAAAAUUUCACAGAGGAAUGGAUGCAAUUUUUACUUAAUCACAGUGUUACAUUUCACAUCCAAUACACACACAAGACGUAACCGGCUAUACAUUUGAAAAAAUAAUAUCUACUAUUCAUUGUAUUGGACGCGGGUGGCGCUGUGGGUUAAACCACAGAGCCUAGGACUUGCUGAUCAGAAGGUUGGUGGUUCGAAUCUCCUCAAUGGGGUGAGCUCCCAUUGUUCGGUCCCAGCUCCUGCCAACCUAGCAGUUCCAAAGCACAUCAAAGUGCAAGUAGAUAAAUAGGUACUGCUCUGGCGGGAAGGUAAACGGCGUUUGCGUGCACUGCUCUGGUUCACCAGAAGCAGCUUAGUCAUGCUGGCCACAUGACCUGGAAGCUGUACGCCGGCUCCCUUGGCCAAUAAAGCGAGAUGAGCGCCGCAACCCCAGAGUCGGCCACUAAUGGUCAGGGGUCCCUUUACCUUUACCUUUUCAUUGUAUUGAAUUGUAGAUUUCAUUCAUUGUACUGAAUUGUAGAUUUCAAUAGCUCAUAAAGUUCAACGAAAAAAGUAGAAGACCCGGUGGAUCAGUUCAUUCUCUAAUCAGUUUAUGCAUAAGGUCCAUAUAUGUGAAAGUGUCUAUUCCAUCUGUCUGUUCAUAGAGUUCAGCAAUCCACACGAAAGGUUGUUGCAGUUCCACAGAAUCCUUUCACAGAGUCUAAGACAAGGAUUUCUGGAAUAUUAGCCUUGUUUCGCCGUCCUGGGCUUCAUCAGUAGUACAAACUCAUAUAUGAUAUCACAGGACAGUGGAUCUUAUAGCAUAGUAGUUGAACGUUAUAAGCUACUUCUGUUGAAAUCUACAAUUCAAUACAAUGAAUAGUAUAUAUUAUUUUUCAAAUGUACAGCCAGUUACCUCUUGUGUGUUUAUUGAAUAUGUUUCACGUAACCAGAGGUUUGUUGUUGUUUUGCACAUUUCACAUCCAUGCAAAGGCUUGAGGUUGCCGCAAAUCUCCUUUCCCACCCAUUUGUCUGAAAUUUGGUGGACUAGCCCCUCGCAAAAAGAGGCUACUGCAUUUGGGCACAUUUCAUCAAAUUCAUCCAAACAACUUUAAAAAACAACAACCGCAAACCCACCAAUGAGUAUUUAUUAAUUAUUCCAUUAUGGUCAAUAGGAGAGACAUCUGAGGCUUCAGAGGUUUAGGCAAGACAAGCUCUACUUCAUAUUUAAGGUGUGAAGCCUAAUGUUAGCCCAGGUAACGGAAUCAAGGAGAUCUGCUGUCUGAAUGAAGGGACCCCUCCCCCCACCAUGUGCUUAGUUUUUCUAUGUAUAAUCAUGACAAUAUACAGUAAAUUGGUAUGGUCUGAUGAUACAUGGCUAAUGAGCCAUGUUUGAUUAGGUGGCAGCUUUUUCAGAGCCAGGUCAAAGUUACCAGUUAUUUGAGAGCAGUAGGUUUAUAAGGUUUUCCUCAGUGUUUUCUAGAGUCACAAAUUUCCCCGUUUACUCUUUCAGGCGUCCGAAAUAAAAAACAAGGCAUUACUAAUAGUAACUCUGAUCGUGUUCCAGCAAACAUCCUUGAGAGCUGCAGAAGCAAGGAAAUCAACAACUGUGUCUUCAAAGGGUCCACAAAACCAUCAAAUAUGUCGCUGUGGAAUAAAUACAAGAAACAUUUAGCCAUCUGUUUGCC